AUGUAUUCUGCGCAGUCCCAGGCCCCAUGGGGAAAUCCCCUCCCAUGUUGGGGUUGGGACCCAUGCCUUCAUUCCACCCGAACUCUGCAAAAGGGAGUUCGGGAAGGGGAGGGAGCCAAGAGAAUAAAAGCAGUGAGAAGGUGUCCGACAAUCUCUGAGGUGUCAGAAAUAAUAAUAAUAAUAAUAAUAAUAAUAAUAAUAAUAAUAAUAAUAAUAAUAAUAAUAAUAAUAAUAAUAAUAAUAAUAAUAAUAAUAAUAAUAAUAAUAAUAAUAAUAAUAAUAAUAAUAAUAAUAAUAAUAAUAAUAAUGAUGUAA